CUGAGGAAGGGACAUGUUUCAAGAUCAGCCCUGCUGAUGAUGCCAAAAGCAGCUGGCAGCUCCAGCAGCAUAAUGGCAGAGGCACCAGCUGGCUUCAAAAGAGAUGACUUCGGCUCACUGGACUUUCAGGGUAUGUAACAGAUGGGCCUGGAAAUUACAAAUACAAAACAAAAUGCACCUGGCUCAUUGAAGGAAGGCCAAACACAAUCCUCAGGCUUCGAUUCAAUCACUUUGCCACAGAGUGCAGUUGGGACCACUUGUAUGUGUAUGACGGAGAUUCAAUUUACGCUCCCUUACUGGCAGCUUUUAGUGGUCUUAUUGUUCCUGAGAAAGAUAGCAAUGAAACAGUACCAGAAGUUGUAGCUACUUCUGGAUAUGCCCUUCUGCAUUUCUUCAGUGAUGCUGCCUAUAAUUUAACAGGGUUUAACAUCACAUAUAAUUUCAAUAUGUGCCCCAAUAAUUGCUCCGGCCGAGGAGAGUGCAAGCUCAAUAACAGCAGCAAUGCUCUUGAAUGUGAAUGUGCCAAAUACUGGAAGGGAGAAGCUUGUGAUAUUCCCUACUGCACAGAUGAUUGUGGGGCGCCUGAGAGAGGGCAUUGCAGCUUUAAUGAUACCAAGGCAUGUGUGUGCUCUGCUGGCUGGCAAGGUCCUGGCUGUUCAAUUCCUGUUCCUGCAAACCAGUCGUUUUGGACCCGGGAGGAAUACUCUCUUCCAAAACUUCCUAGAGCAUCUCACAAAACCGUAAUCCAUGACAAUAAAAUGUGGAUUGUUGGAGGCUAUGUCUUCAAUCAUUCUGACUCUCAGAAGGUUUUAGCGUAUGAUCUUAUUUCUGAAGAGUGGCUUCCACUUGACAACACUGUGAACUCAGUCGAGAUGAGAUAUGGUCAUUCGUUGGCAUUGCAUAAGGAUGAUAUCUACAUGUAUGGUGGAAAAAUAGAUGCAACGGGGAACGUGACCAGCCAGCUGUGGGUGUUCCACAUUCCCACCCAGACCUGGGCUCAAGCAACGCCGAAAGCCAAGGAGCAGUACGCUGUUGUUGGCCACUCGGCACACAUCGUCACCCUGCGAGAUGACAGCGUGGUCAUGCUCGUCAUUUUUGGACACUGCCCUCUUUACGGGUAUAUCAGCAAUGUCCAGGAAUACAACCUCGCCACAAAUACAUGGAACAUUUUACAGACGAGCGGAGCUUUGGUUCAAGGAGGGUACGGCCACAGUAGUGUUUAUGAUCCAAAUACAAGAUCAAUUUACAUCCACGGAGGUUACAAAGCAUUCAGUGCCAACAAAUACAGACUAGCAGACGACUUGUACAAAUAUGAAGUUGAUUCCCGUAUGUGGACUAUUCUUAAAGACAGUAGAUUUUUUCGCUAUUUGCACACGGCUGUGAUAAUGAGCGGAACCAUGCUGGUGUUUGGAGGAAACACGCACAACGACACCUCCAUGAGCCACGGCGCGAAGUGCUUUUCUUCAGAUUUUAUGGCGUAUGAUAUUGCUUGCGAUCGAUGGUCUGUUCUUCCUCGUCCGGGUCUCCAUCACGAUGUCAACAGGUUUGGACAUUCUGCCGUGCUCUACAACAGCACCAUGUACGUAUUUGGAGGCUUCAACAGCCUCCUCCUGAGUGACAUACUGAAGUACACACCUGAGAGAUGUGAAGCUUUUGACAACGAAACGGCCUGCUUGCGAGCAGGUCCUGGCGUCAGAUGCGUGUGGGCUGCCACCCCUCCUCGCUGCGUCCCCUGGGAAAUGGCCACGGUAGAACAGCAGCAGAAGGUCUUUGAAGACUGCCUUCCCAAGCCAGUUGUAGACAAUGAAAAAUGUGAUCAGAUUACAGACUGCUAUAGCUGUACAGCAAAUACAAACAGCUGUCAAUGGUGCACUGACCAGUGUAUCUCAAUGCAUAACAACUGCACAGAGGAACAGGUUCCUAUUACUCUGUAUGACAAUUGUCCUAAGGAUAACCCUGCCUACUACUGUAACAAAAGGACAAGUUGUAAAAGCUGUGCCAUGGAUCAAAACUGUCAGUGGGAACCUAGGAAUCAGGAGUGCAUUGCUUUACCAG